UCCCUGCUCCGUCAAUAUUUACCCGAGACACGAACACUCGACUGUCUUCCAGCUAACUGCUAACAUGCACCGAGCUAACGCUGCUAGCUCUGUCUUUACUUCCGGUCUGUGUCACACUGCGAAGGUCCGACAGAGAGACAGGGUGGAGCUGCAUGAGCGUCAUGGAGACACCAUUCCAGAGGGCUGGGGCUGUGACGCUCAGGGAAAGCUGACAACAGAUCCCAAGAGAGUCCUAGACGGAGGAGGACUGGUGCCCAUCGGCGGCAGUGAAGCCACAGGAACAAUAGCCUGCGGGAAAGUCCUGAGGUGCAGCCAAAGCCAGGAACAAUGCGAGGGGCGUCGCGUGCCUCAGCAGGAGGUGGUUCAUGCCCGCCGGGCCCUCGAUGGCCAGGACGUCGAGAGACACGACUAGAGCCAGGUGAAAUGCCUGGCAUGCCACAGGCCCAUCUGGCUUCCUGCGAUGGAAAACGGUCCCGAAGAGAAUGAGAAAGUGCAGGACUGUGUUGGCCGUCCAGUGGAGUGGAAUGUCGGGGUAUAGGGAAGAAUGUAGACGAGCCAGCGGUGCUGAUUGGACCAGAACCACCGGCAUUCAAGGACCAAAGAAUCUGGCUUUAACUUCUCAACAGGAGGGGAAGAUGAGGUGGCAAGAGGCCAAGGCCAAAACAUACACUCUCUCAGAGCUCCAUUUAAUAACGUGUCCUCCACUAUGUCGACAAAUAAGUUGGUAGAGAAAACUGAUUAGUUUUAAGAAGUAGUAGAAAAUGGUAAAAAAAAAAUGAAUCCAUUUGGCAGAAAAGCUUUGCUCUCUGAUGGAGUCCUUAAAGAAUGUGAACAGCAACUUGUACUCUACACGCCAGAGAACUCAUCCCCCAAAAGAAACAUACAUGAGCAUAAAUCUCUGUUAAAUCAACAGUACGAAAAAACGGCAAACAAUGGAGGAGGACUUUGGGGGAUGGCUGAGGGAGCUCAUAAUCAGCAGAGCAAAAGUGAUAAUGUCUGUGCUAUACACCUGUAGGAACGAGAGUAGACAUGUACAUUGCAUUCGAAAGUAUUAACUUUUUUGCAGCAUAUUGCUCGAAUCCUAUUUCCCCCCCUCCUGAAUCUAUGUUUGUCCAUAAUAACAUGUUGUUGUUAAUAACAAAUUGUUGAACAAAAAAGAAGCUACAAACAGAUCUCAGAAGUAUUCAGACCUUUCUCUUGUGCUCACUUUUACUUCAGUGUUUCAUCAUCACAGGGAAGAUACACUCCUCUUACUGUUCACUUGUUUCCCCGUAAUCUUGACUGUAUAUUGCCAAACAAGCAAAUGUUGUUAAUACACAAACACACACAGAUAGAAACAUAAAAUCUCACCACCCCUCAACAACCACUUUGCUGAUUUGAGAUAAACAAGUGAGACAAGCCAGGACAAGUCACCGCGCUCGCUUUUCCUUUUUGGCUCCGCUUCAUGUCCCAGAUCUCUUAAUCAUUCCCUCUGAGGGAGGACGAGGAUUUAUUCCCGAAAAGGAAAAUGUCAAUGACCAUUUUGUGAAACACCUUUUACAGUUUCCAUGGGCGAUUAGGAGUAAAUCCUGAACACAUAAAAACAAAAACAGCCGUAAAUAUUUAUGUAUGUCCCCCUUCUUUUUCUUUAGCUCUCAGUUUUCUCUCUCUC